AGUGUGUGCGUGCGCACGUACCAGGGCAUGUGAGAAGGUCCUGCUCUAUUUCAAGGGAAUAACAGUGUUUUCCAUUCUGUAGAUACCAAUCUCUACAAAUAAUGAGAGAAGACACACAGGGAAGAGAAAGGAAGACACAGAGUGCCUUCCAAGAUGGAAACAUUCCAUAGUGAAUAUAAAGAAGACACACAGGGAAGAGAAAGGAAGACACAAAGUGCCUUCCAAGAUGGAAACAUUCCAUAGUGAAUAUAAAGAAGACACACAGGGAAGAGAAAGGAAGACACAAAGUGCCUUCCAAGAUGGAAACAUUCCAUAGUGAAUAUAAAGAAGACACACAGGGAAGAGAAAGGAAGACACAAAGUGCCUUCCAAGAUGGAAACAUUCCAUAGUGAAUAUAAAGAAGACACACAGGGAAGAGAAAGGAAGACACAAAGUGCCUUCCAAGAUGGAAACAUUCCAUAGUGAAUAUAAAGAAGACACACAGGGAAGAGAAAGGAAGACACAAAGUGCCUUCCAAGAUGGAAACAUUCCAUAGUGAAUAUAAAGAAGACACACAGGGAAGAGAAAGGAAGACACAAAGUGCCUUCCAAGAUGGAAACAUUCCAUAGUGAAUAUAAAGAAGACACACAGGGAAGAGAAAGGAAGACACAAAGUGCCUUCCAAGAUGGAAACAUUCCAUAGUGAAUAUAAAGAAGACACACAGGGAAGAGAAAGGAAGACACAAAGUGCCUUCCAAGAUGGAAACAUUCCAUAGUGAAUAUAAAGAAGACACACAGGGAAGAGAAAGGAAGACACAAAGUGCCUUCCAAGAUGGAAACAUUCCAUAGUGAAUAUAAAGAAGACACACAGGGAAGAGAAAGGAAGACACAAAGUGCCUUCCAAGAUGGAAACAUUCCAUAGUGAAUAUAAAGAAGACACACAGGGAAGAGAAAGGAAGACACAAAGUGCCUUCCAAGAUGGAAACAUUCCAUACUGAAUAUAAAAUAGAUUACACAAGGACUCCACCACUAUGGCGCCCUUCCUCCCCCUCCUCCUCCUCCUCUCCUCCUCUUCCUCUGUCCUCUCCAGUGACUGUCCAGAGGAUUGCUCUUGUCAGGCCCAGGGUUCCAUCUUCUGCAUCCAGCGUCGUUCCACCGUCGUCCCCCGCGGCCUCCCUUCCUCUGUGAAACAUCUCUACGUCUUCCAGAACGGCAUCAACACUUUAGCCCAGGAAGACUUCACAGGGCUGGGGGAACUGGAGAUGCUGGACCUGUCCCAGAAUAAACUCACGGAGGUCCCGGAUGGGGUCUUUGAAACGCUAUCUUCGCUGAGGAAUCUCGAUUUGUCCGCAAACUACAUUACCCACAUCGCCAAGGAUAGCUUCUCCGGAUUGGUGCAACUCGAGAGGCUGUAUCUCCACGGCAACCUCAUCAAGAGCAUCCAAUCGGAGGCCUUCGAAGUUCUGGAGGAUCUUCUGGAACUGAAGCUCCAGGGGAACCAGUUGACCGGUCUCCCAAUGCUCCGUCUCCCCAGCCUUCUCCUCCUUGAUCUCAGCUUCAACUCUCUCCCGACGCUGGGUCCCCAAGACCUCCAGACCCCCCACCUCGAGUCGCUCAAAGUGGCUGCGUUGGGGCUCACCACCCUGGACUCAGAUCUGAUGGCCUCCCUGGGGAACCUCCAUGACCUUGAUGUGUCCCAGAACCAGCUGGAGGGGAUGCCUGAAGCAUUGAAGGCCACCCGGGGGCUGAUCAAGCUCAGCCUGGCUGCCAACCCCAUUGGGGAGCUCCGGAACGAGGACUUCCAGAGUCUGGUGGGUCUCCAGGAGCUGGAUCUCAGUGGGCUGAACCUCCAGGGCUUGCCCCAGGGUUUCUUCCAGCUCUUCCCCAGGCUGGGGCACCUCACGGCGGCCGAGAAUCCCUUCAACUGUCUCUGUCCUCUGGCCUGGUUCCCUGGCUGGCUGAAAGAGAAGAAUGUGGAUCUGGGACGCACAGAGGAGACAAGGUGCCACUUCCCACCAGUGAAUGCUGGCAAGGUGCUGGCGGCGCUGGACCAUCAAGAUUUCGGCUGUCCACCUACGACCACUGUCAUGACGAAUGCCCUAGGGGAGGGGAGUACUUCCGCACCCCCCAUUCCGACUACAUCCCCUGGAAACACACAUACCAACGCCAUCCCCCCACCUCCGCCAUUCCCUAGUGAUGAACCAUCCUCAACGGAGACAGACAUUGAGAGUCGUCCCCCUCCUCCAGCUUCUCCGACUACCGCUUUCAGGGAUGAGGGCCACAUCUGCCCGCCGAACAUCUGCCUCAAUGGGGGUACGUGCCGCUUCGAUCCUCUGGGACAGCUUGGAUGUCUCUGUCCCCGCGGAACUAUGGGCUUGUACUGCGAGAACCUGGAGUCGUCUAAACACAACCAGCCACCUCUCCAAACCUCCGCCCCCGAGGUUAUGGCAUCCAUGGUCGCCCCCAUUGUAACCUCUGAUCCCAAUGACAUCAGUUCCCGUCAGGUGACCUCCACGUCCAUCCUCCUCGACCUGCACCGUUUCCUCGAGACGAGGCCGCACAUCCGCGGAAUUAAGCUGACCUACCGGAACCUCUCAGGGCCCGACCGGCGCCCCAUGUCCCUCAGCGUCCCCGCCUCGUACCCAGAAUACACCCUCCGAGGGCUCCGGCCCAACUGUACCUACUCGGUGUGCGCCAGCCCCCUGGCAGAGAGGGUGAACGGGGGUGGAGGCGGUGGAGGUAGCCCUACCGAGGGAGGGUCUUGUAUGGAGGCUCGUACCGAGGGAGGUCCCCAAGCUUCGUCCUUGGAGCCCCAGGUGGAUGAUCAGAGCCAGCUCACCUACACCCUCAUCCCAGCCUUGGCUGCUCUCGCCCUGGUCACGGGGGUGGCGGUGGUGGCCAUCCUGGUUCUUUUCCUCCGAAGGAGACGGGCUCACAUGGCGCUGGAAGGGGGUGAGAUGGGACCAAUGGAACUGGAGGGCCUUAAGGCUUGUCUGGAGAACGGAGUGGGGAACGGGGGCACCCUACCCCACAAGGGAGCGGAUAUCGCCCCCUGUCACACCUCCAUCCCGACCCAGCCACAAAAUGGCGGAUCGUCACAUCCCCUUCCACAAAAUGGUGGUUUAGAAUAUGAGGCCCCCCUCAUGAAGGGACAGGGGCACUGUCCAUCGAAUAAUAAUGUGGCAUCCUUGAAGCCAUCGUAUUUCUAGAAACUCAGUCUGUUGUCUUCAUGGAUUUCUUAAUAUUUCUCAAUGAGACUCAAUGUACUCAAUGACAUUCAGAGCUAUGGAAUGGAACAGAAGUAACUACCCCUGUAGAGGGUAACGCUACGCCCCGUUAUCUCUAAGUGGAUGGGAGGACUCUACCAUUAUGAGGCAGUGAAAGGGGGGUGUUUUAGCUCAUCCAGCAGAGUUCAAGUUGAUAGAAAUGUAACAAGUAUUUAAACCUAAAGUGCAAUCGCCAUGCCAAAAGGGGUCUUAUAAUCGGACUGAAAACGGAAGUGCCUUCUUGCAUUGACAUGAUAUGCUGUAAUAAUGAUGCUUUUAUUUUUGAAAUGUUGAUGUUUUGAAAAGAGCUGCAUUGAAUGAGUUUGCAAUCCUUUUGCUGGAUCAGGAGAUUGGGAGAGCAGGGCUUGUGGAGGUAUGGGGAAGGCACAGAGUCAAGGUUGGGAGGAGUAGAGGUGGGGUGCAGAGGUAGAGAUAGAGACACAGGUGUGUGUGUGCUCUGUAGACUGUUCAGCACUUCCGGAAAUGAACGAGGCACCCCUCCCCACCUGCCCCCUGGGAUAACUUGCAGUGAAGAGAAGAGAAUCUCUCUGCAACAGGGUGAAAUGCUGAUUCUGUAGAGAUGGUACCACGGAUAGAAUAGAGUUUUAGACGACAUUACCACCAGUCAGAUUUCCCUUCAUCCUGCUACCCCCCCCUUACGGUUGGUGCGUUCAUCUUAACUAGGUGGGACAACCACAUAUCACAGUCGUAAUGAGUAUGUUUUUCCUCAAUAAAGAAGCUAUCGGUCAAGUCAGUGCUAGUAGGGGAAAAAAACUAGAAAAGACUAGUGCUCUGGUCAAAAGUAGUGCACUAUACAGGGAAUAGGGUGUCACUUGGGACGAAGCCUCUGUCCUUAGCGGCGUGGUCAGUAGCUGUGAUGGACGCUAUUUGAAGGUUGUUGUCGAGCGGGUUUCAUAUGAUGUUUUUGUAAAGUGUUUUGUAUGUAUUGUUUUAUCAUGGAUUUCUCUGUUGCUGCCAUGCUGUUUCUCCUGUCUUGUUGUCGUCAGAAAUGUUGAUGCUGUAUUGAAUUGUGCUGUUCCCUCGACACGGCAAAGGGUUGGGGUCCAUUUCAUUUCAAUUCAGAAAGUUUACAAUUGAAAGGGUUUAUUUACUUUUAAAGAUGAGUUUUCCUUUGUUAAAUAGGUCAUAUUCCAAUUCACCUGAAUUUACUGAAUUUAGAUUCAAUUUACCCCUACCCAAAACGCUUCACAUUUUCAUCAUGUAGAAAUUGUUCACCAAGUAAAUGUGAAUAAGAAGUAUCAGAAACAGCACAGACUCUGAACUCUAAACUCCCACACUCUUCUUCUUUACUGUCUAAAACUGUCUGCCAACUACAAUAGCCUGCCAAAGCUACAUAAGGACAUGGUUAGCUCCAGAAACACCAAUCCUUGUCCCAAAUGACACCCUAUUCUCUACAUAGCACACUACUUAUGAACAGAGUCCUAUGGGCCCUGGUCAGAAGUAGUGUACUUUAGAGAAUAGGAUCCCAUUUGGGACACAAACCUAGUCUCUUUUUGAACAAUCAAGCUCCAAAACUGUCCUCCAAGCUCUGUCACCGCAAACCCUGAGCCAUUAAAGUGGCACACACACAUGCCGAAAAAAGCACCAGAGUUCAAAGACUUUGAGAGCAAUUUACUAUAUGUGUCGAAGGAGUGGAAACCAGUCAUUUCCUUGACUUGCUACUGACUGUGGCGUUUUGAAGAUAUGGCCGCAGUUAACCAAUGAGAUCCCCAGUAUCUUUUUAUUGUUUUAUUCUCUCUCUUUCUAUUUUCCUCUUUCUUUGUCUGUUUUUGUCUCUAUCUGCUUCUCUCUCUCUCUCUCUGGCUCUCUCUCUCUCUGACUCUGUUAUUCUCUCUCUCUCUCUCUCUCUCUCUCUCUCUCUCUCUGUCUCUUCUCUCCUUUUCUCUUUAUUCUAUUUUCUUUCUCUCAUUCUCUUUCCUUUUCUUUCUCUCUCUUUGUUUCCUUCACCCCUCCCUUUGUCUCGGUCAACAAGGUUCUUGGCCGUGUUUUCGGGCCUGUUUUGCUUGCCUGCAGCCAACUAGACUAUGAAAAGUUCAUACGGAAUGAAAAUCACGCCGUUCUGAUACAUUUAUCUUUGUUUCCUGUCUUGGAGAAUGGGAAGUACAAAUGUGUCACCAUUCAAUUUCUUUUUCUGUUUUCUUUCUCUCAUUUUUGUUGAUGUUCUUUUCUUUUCUUGAUCCCUCUCUGUCUCUCGCUCUGCCUCUCUGUCUCUCUCUCUGCCUCUCUGUCUCUCGCUCUGCCUGUCUCUCUCUCUCUGCCUGUCUGUCUCUCUCUCUGCCUGUCUGUCUCUCUCUCUGCCUGUC